UCUCACAUGAACUUUGGAGCUAAGUUUCUGAACACCACUUACUGCACACUCUGCAGAGCUGUCACUUCUGUUCAGUUUAACUCUUCUUUAUAUCGCUCUCUGUUGUGCACAGCAGCAGCGAUGGCAGAGCCCAGCGGGAUCUUGAUAAAGGGAGGUAAAGUUGUGAAUGAAGAUUGUUCCGUGAUCAGUGACGUCUACAUUGAAAAUGGGAAAAUAGUAGAAGUUGGGCUGAAUCUGCAGAUCCCAGGGGGAGUGCGAGUCAUCAAUGCCACCGAUAAGCUGGUGAUCCCGGGUGGCAUCGACACGCACACACACAUGGAGCUGGAGUUCAUGGGCACCAAGGCUGUGGACGACUUCUACAUCGGAACCAAGGCCGCUCUAGCAGGAGGGACCACAAUGAUCAUGGACUUUGUCAUUCCCCAAAGGGGAAAGUCUCUCCUGGAUGCCUACGACUGCUGGAGAAAGAAAGCUGACCCCAAAGUUUGCUGCGACUUCUCGCUGCAUGUCGCCGUCACAUGGUGGAGUGAUGAGGUCAAAAAAGAGAUGCAGACUCUGACCAAAGAGAAGGGAAUCAAUUCCUUUAAGAUGUUUAUGGCCUAUAAAGAUGUGUUCAUGUUGCAGGACUCUGAGCUAUACGCUGCCUUCUCCCAGUGUAAGGAGAUUGGAGCUAUAGCUCAGGUACAUGCUGAGAAUGGAGACCUGAUUGCAGAGGGUGCAAAGAAGAUGCUGUCUCUGGGCAUCACAGGGCCCGAGGGCCAUGAGCUGUGUCGGCCAGAGGAGGUGGAGGCCGAGGCCACCCAGCGAGCGAUCACCAUCGCCCACGCUGUCAACUGCCCGCUGUAUGUGGUCCAUGUCAUGAGCAAAUCUGCUGCCAAGGUGGUGUCUAAUGCACGCAGAGAUGGGCGCGUGGUGUUCGGGGAGCCCAUUGCUGCUGGAUUGGGCACCGAUGGUACUCACUGCUGGCACAAAGACUGGGGCCAUGCUGCUGGCUUUGUCAUGGGUCCUCCCCUCAGACCUGACCCCAGCACCCCCGGGUACCUCAUGGACCUACUGGCCAAUGAUGAUCUCAGUCUGACGGGGACGGACAACUGCACCUUUUCUGUGUGCCAGAAGGCUCUGGGCAAAAACGACUUCACCAAGAUCCCAAACGGAGUGAACGGAGUGGAGGACAGGAUGUCAGUCAUCUGGGAGAAAGGAGUGCACAGCGGCAAAAUGGACGAGAAUCGAUUUGUAGCUGUCACCAGCAGCAACGCAGCAAAAAUCUUCAACUUCUACCCGCAGAAAGGCCGUAUCGCCAAGGGCUCGGAUGCUGACGUGGUUAUAUGGGAUCCUAAGAUGAAAAGGAAAAUAUCAGCCAAAACCCACCACCAGGCUGUGGACUACAAUAUAUUCGAGGGCAUGGAGUGCCACGGCGUCCCUGUCUUCACCAUCUCCAGAGGCAAAGUGGUCUAUGAGGAUGGGCGGCUCAAUGUGUCACCGGGGCAUGGCAGAUUCAUCCACAGAAAACCCUUCUCUGAAUUUGUUUACAAAAGAAUCAGGCAAAGGGAGGAGGUGGGGAAACCUACAGCUGUGAUCAGAAAGCCCUAUGAAGGGAAAGUAAUUUCUAUAUGAGCAACUGUCCGAAAACAUGAACGGCACCGUGUCUCCAGAAGCUACCGAAGCCAAAACAACAGAAUGCUGUCUCACUGAUGAUUAACCUGCUCUAAGCGCUUCUACAGUUUCAUACAUGCAUUAUUCAGCCAUUCACCUCCCUGUGUGCUGCAACCAAGCUGCUGUUGUUUAGGUUAACUAUGAUCAACACGUGGGUCAAAGUUCUGUUGGUAGAUAAUUGUUCGGCUGUGUAAGGUUUCCAGGUCAGCUGUGCUCAGUUGCUAUGCAGGUGCUGCUGAAAAUGAUAUUAGCUAUAACAUACAUUAUGCAAUUAAGUAAUUCACUGUAAGGACUGAAAACAAGUAUUAUGCAUGACUUCAUGGUGUUGUGCUCUUUCAUCACUUUCAUAUUUGU